UGCCCCGGAAGGGGCGUGGCUUCCCUCCGGAAGUCGCGGUGCCGCCUGUCCGUGCCCGCCGCUCGGUGCCCGCUGCCGCUGGGCUCCGCCAUGGCCGCGCUGCGGGCGGUGCUGGCUCUCUUGGCCGCCGUCACGGCCCCGGCCGCCGCCUAUUUCGUCAGCAUCGACGCGCACGCCGAGGAGUGCUUCCUAGAGCGGGUGCCGUCCGGCACGAAGAUGGGGCUGAUCUUCGAGGUGGCGGAGGGCGGGUUCCUGGACAUCGAUGUGGAGAUCACAGGCCCUGAUAACAAAGGGAUUUACAAAGGUGACCGGGAGUCCAGUGGGAAAUACACCUUUGCUGCCCACAUGGAUGGAACUUACAAGUUUUGCUUUAGCAACAGAAUGUCCACCAUGACUCCCAAGAUAGUGAUGUUCACUAUUGACAUAGGGGAAGCUCCCAAAGGGCAAGACAUGGAGACAGAAGGUGGUGGAGAUACCUGGGAUGCUCAUCAGAACAAGCUAGAAGAGAUGAUUAAUGAGUUAGCAGUGGCCAUGACAGCUGUAAAGCAUGAACAGGAGUACAUGGAAGUUCGUGAAAGAAUACAUAGAGCAAUUAAUGACAACACAAACAGCAGAGUGGUUCUUUGGUCAUUCUUUGAAGCUCUGGUAUUAGUUGCCAUGACACUGGGACAAAUCUACUACCUGAAGAGGUUUUUUGAAGUCCGAAGGGUUGUUUAAGGGGACUGGUUCUGGUCCUGGAUUUCAGUUCACUGUCUACCAAACAUCCUGGUCACAAAAAAAAAAAAAAAAAGUCAUUUUAGUUUCUGAACCCUCUUUACUGAACUGUAAAACCCAUGUUCCUUCCUAGUUAACAACAAAUUGGUUUUAUAUCUCUUCUGUAACAAAAGCUCUGCUGAAAUCUUGUCACUGAAUUGGCAUCAUUUUUUUUUUUGUUUUGUUUUAAUCCACUUCCACCUGCCUGGUCUGUGUGCUAAGCAAGGUCCAAGCAAGCUGCAAACGCUGUAGUCCAGCUGUAGUAACAAGCAGUGUCAGUGUCUCUUCUAACUCUUUUUCUCUGUUUUCCUACUUAUGGUUCUGCCCAGGGAACGGUACAAGGCCCUGACCUGACUGUUUGCAUUUUUUGGCAUCUUUUAACCCAUAGGUGUUGUUACUAAACUCAAAAUAAUCCCUUCUUCACUUACCUGAACUGCCAAGGAGAAGUGUUUGGGACUUCAUUCUGAUAAUGAGUAGAAGACUGAUGAACUUUGGAUCUGGUGUUCACACCUAGAUGCUGUUUAAGUCUUCAGUAACCAUCCUGAUUCCAUCCACUGAUUCCCAAAGGUUUUUUUUUUUUUCCCCACAUUAAACAGUUGACAUGAAAACACCUUUUCUCCUCACGAUACUGAACAUUCAUGGUAUGGUUUUUAAGUUUUUCAGAGGUUUUUCUAUGGCAGCCAAUUGUGUGCAGUGUCCUGGCAAACAAUAAUUCACCCUUUGGCUUUUGGAGGUCCAAAGCUCAGGCUGGUGGGGCUGCUGCAGGAUGCUUUAGUGUUCAGGAAACCUGGAUUCCUGAUGCCAAAGGGUUGAUGAUUCUGGGGGUUUAUUGCAAUGCUAUGCACCCUUUUAUUUAAGUUAAAUGGCAUUCUCUGCCCUUGCCUGAUCAUAAUUAGCAUAAUGCUAAAUACCAGUGUGUUUUCCUUUAUUUUUUUUUUUUUUCAGGCACAUGUAGAUUUGUUUUUGUAUAAAGUUUCUUUCCUUGGUUAUCUGAUGAUUGGUUUAAAAAUUCAAGCUGUGGGUGCUGAGCCAGGAUUAUGUUGUGACUGAUGUAUAUUAGUUGUAAUCAUUUUUGGGGGGGUGGGGGUGGGGUCUUUUCCAGGGAGAAGCCUCUACAAGGAACACACAGCAGUUUUGUACAAUUAAUUUAAAAUUUGUUACAGGUUUUCAUGUUCCAGGUGAAGUUUUUUCAACCUUGGGCAAACACUUGGCAGCAGUUCCUCAGCAAGGUGGCUGUUACACCUUCCAGCAACUGUUGUGUGCCAAUAUUUUUGUGUAAAACACUUAAAAUCCAAUUCUAAGAUGUACAUUUAAAAAUUGCUUGUGAAUCUAAAGAUGACCCAGGUUCGAUAAAUAAACAAAUUCUUUAAAAAAA